AUGUUACAAUCACAGACAGCAUCAGUAACCUCGAGUAUCCUUGCAGGUCACUGGGAAAAUGGACGAAGAUAUCACGCCUACCAAAGCGGACAGUACAUGUUUCCGGACGAUGAGUUGGAACAGGAACGCCUUGAUGUCAAAUACGCAGCAAUACACCUAACUUACGGCAGCAAGAUAGCCUUCGCGCCACUCCAGGACCCGCAAAAUGCUCUAGAUGUCGGCACAGGAACCGGUAUCUGGGCCAUCGAUUUCGCGGAAGAGUAUCCAGGCUGCACAGUCACCGCCGUCGACCUAAGUCCCAUACAGCCUACGUGGGUACCUCCGAAUGUCAAAUUCGAGAUCGACGACGCGGAGCAGGAUUGGACCUGGCCCGAGAACCACUUCGACUACGUCCACCUACGCACUAUGGCAGCCGCGGUCCGUGACUGGCCUCGCAUGUUUCGACAAGCAUACCGACAUACCAAACCCGGUGGCUACAUUGAGCUCCAAGAACAGGACUACAUGGGCGUCAUACAGUCCACUUCGCGCAACCCAGGGAGCGCCUUCAUAACAUGGUGUGUGCAGCAAGGCAAAGCUGCUGGAAGAGUCGGCGUCAACCUGCGCUCCAUUCCCUCAGCAAUGGCCGACCUUCUCAGAGCGGCAGGUUUUGUCGACGUCCAGAUCCAAGAAUUCCGGUGCCCUAUCGGCCCGUGGGCAGCAGAUAAGCAGAUGCGAAAUGCAGGCUUGCUGCAAUUAAGUGCUGUGCUCGACGGCCUGGAAGGACUAAGCCUGCGCCUGCUCAAAUUCUACGACGAAGGCUGGACAAAGGACGAGUUGGACGUCCUGCUCGCCAAGGUGCGAACCGAGCUUAGGAGUAGAGACUGCCAUGCUUAUUGGCCUGUGUAA